AUGGAUGUAAAUAUUUGUGUUUUACAUUCAGAUUAUAAAGUUUUGAAAAUUGAUAAUAGAAGUGAGGAAUGUUGUGUAGACUUAAUCGUUAGACAUACAUUAACGGAUGAAAACUUUGUUAGAGAGGGUGCACAACAAGAAUAUUUAGUUAAUAAAAGACCUUCCUUAGGUACCCAGGGUCGAAAAAUUCACGUUUAUACAAAUUUCUUUGAAAUAACGUCACUUCCUAAGGCGAACAUUUAUCACUAUGAUUUAACUAUUACACCUGAUGUUCCGUUCUUAUUAACUAGGAAGGUUUUUCAAAUAUUUGAAGAUUCGCAUAGUAAGAAGUUAAAAAAUACUCCACUCGUUUUUGAUGGGCAUAAAAAUAUAUUUAGUUGCAAACCUCUUCCUCUCAAAGAUUCCGCCACUUUUGAUAUUACUCUUCCAGAAGUUGACAGUCGUUCAAUUUUGACAAAACGCGAACCAAGAACUCUUAAAAUCAGACUUAAAAAAAUUGACGAAAUUAAUAUGGAUGAAUUGCAGCGUUAUUUGGUUGGCAAGGCUAAACGUACUCCAAACGUGCUGAAUGCUAUCACGUUUGUGAAUGCUCUUAUUAAACAUCAAACUUUAGUGAAUUAUGUUCCCAGCGGUAGAUCUUUCUAUACACGUAAUGGACGUAUAAAUUUAACCGGCAUCGCUGAAGCUUGGCAAGGGUAUUAUCAAUCCGCACGACCUACACCAGGAAAAAUGAUGAUUAAUGUAGACUUGACUGCGACUGCGUUCUGUGAAAGCGGUCCUUUGAUCAAUAUUGUUGUUAAAUUGCUUGAAAAACGAAGUACUAAUGACUUGCGUGGAGGAAUCAAUGAAAGGGAACGUAAUAAACUUGAAAAAGAGCUUAAGAAUUACAUAAUUCGAGUUAUUCAUCGUAAAACCAACCAAUUUUAUCGUAUUUUAAAAUUUACUUCUCUGAGUGCUCAACAAACGAAAUUUUAUGAUGCGGACGGUGACAUAAUUGAUGUGGCUUCAUACUUUCAAAAAUCUCAUAAAUGCCUUGAUUAUCCAUAUUUACCUUGUGUUAUAGCUGGAGAGGGAAUUUUUCUUCCAAUGGAAGUAUGUGAAGUCAUUGAAAAUCAACGUUAUUUUCGAAAACUUAAUGACAGGCAGACUGCCGAAAUAAUUAAACUUACAUAUCAAUCGCCGCAUUCUCGUGCAGCCAAAAUCAUGAGAGGUGUUGAAGAGAUUGAUUACGCUAGUGAAAAAAUGACUCAGUUUAACAUGAUAGUGUCGAAUAAAAUGGCCACUGUAAAAGCUAGAAUAUUGCCUACACCCACGAUUAAUUACCGUUAUAGUUCGAUCGUUCCUGAAUAUGGAGUAUGGGAUUUAAAGGAUAAGAAACUCGCUACAGGCGCAAUACUUACUUCAUGGUCGAUUCUAGUCUUUGGAACAGAUAAUGAACAUUCGGUUAAACGUUUUGUUCGAGAGUUAAUUGAUGCUUGUUCGAUUGCUGGUAUGAACAUUCCCAAUAAGAGCCCACCAAUUCUACACGCGAACGCUCAAGGCAAUGUUGAAGAGAACUUAAAAAAAGCAUGGUUACGUGCUGGACAUGCCGCCAAUUCAAAACCACAAUUAAUUAUAUGUGUACUACCAAAUACUAGUUCUCAACUUUAUGGAACUAUCAAAUACGUAGGUGAUACAAUCGUUGGAGUAGUUACUCAAUGUAUUCAAAGUAGAUAUUUGUUGGAAGCUAGCAAUCAAUAUUAUUCCAAUGUCUGUCUUAAAAUUAAUGCGAAACUUGGGGGGGUCAAUUCUUUCCUUACUCUAAGACAAAAUCCAUUCCUUAAUGAAAAGGCUUCAAUUUUGAUGGGCGCUGACGUGACACACCCAGGCGUUUCAGAUGAUUAUUAUUCGGUUGCUGCUCUCUGUGCUUCCGUGGAUUCCGGAGCUUCUCGAUAUGCUGCUUCAAUAAGAAUGCAACACAUGCCCCGUAUAGAAAUCAUUUCUGAUUUAACUAACAUGGUCAAAGAUGCACUAAAAGUUUUUUACCAGACUUGUGGAAGAAAACCGGAACGAAUUCUUUUUUACAGGGAUGGUGUUUCAGAAUAUCAAUUUAAACAAGUACUUGAAGAAGAAAUUAGGGCAAUCAAAUCCGCGUGCCACUCUCUUGAACAGGAAUAUUCACCCACAAUUACAUUUGUUAUCGUACAAAAGCGCCACCACGCACGAUUUUUUCCAAUUGACAGAAUAGAUUCAGACCGAACUGGAAACUGUCUUCCUGGGACCCUUAUAGAGACCGAAGUGGUUCAUCCUGUAGAAUUUGAUUUUUAUUUACAAAGUCAAGCUGGGUUACAAGGAACGUGUCGGCCUACUCAUUAUCACGUUCUAUACGAUGAAAACAAUUUUACUUCAGACUCGCUUCAAACGUUAUCAUAUAAUCUGUGCUAUACAUACGCACGAUGUACUCGAGCAGUUUCCAUAGUUCCUUCCGUUUAUUAUGCCCAUCUUGCUUGUAAACGAGGUCGAUUUCAUUUACGUGACGACAAUUUCAAAGAAUCGUCAUCAUCGUCAUCUACGGGGAAAAUAACUUUAAGUACAGUGGAACCCAAGUUGCAAAAUGUCAUGUAUUUCAUUUGA